UAGUGUAGUAAACGUUCGAGACCGUCAAUAACCGUCAUGGUAAACCAGUAAGCUUCGUCUCUCUCUCUCUCUCUCUCUCUUUUUCUUUUUUUUUUUUUCAUUUUCAUGGAUGAAAUCCCAAUGGAUCUUACACAAACUGAGCUCUCACCUUCCCCCAUCGCUCUCCUCUCUCUUCUCCCCAUUAAGAACUCUAAUCCACCAGAACCCAUCUCCAAACACCUCAGUAUUCGUCCUCAACCAUGCAGACAUCAGCCGCCUCUUAGCCAUCUGUGGAAGGGAAGCUUGCUUCUUCCCUCUAGGUUCAUCUCUCCAUGCCUCCAUCACCAAGAAACCUGAGCUUUUCCACCCCAUGAAUCCUGACAAUCAGCCUCACGUUCUCCUCAUUUGGAACUCUCUUCUGUCAAUGUAUGUGAAAUUCAGAGAGUUGAGGGAUGCAGUCAAGCUGUUUGAUGAUUUGCCCGUCAGAGAUACCGUCUCAUGGAAUACGAUGAUAUCUGGGAUUUUGAGGAACGGAGAGUUCAGCGCGGGAAUUGAAUUGUUCAAGCAGAUGUUUGAAUUGGAUUGUUGCAGGUUAGAUCAAGCAACUUUGACCACCCUUUUAUCGGCUUGUGAUAAACCGGAGCUCUGUUUUGUGAUCAAGAUGAUGCAUGGUUUAGUGUUCUUGAGUGGCUAUGAACAGGAAGUCACUGUCGGAAACGCGUUGGUUACAUCAUAUCUUAAAGGUGAGUGUCCUAGUUCAGGCCAGCAGGUUUUUGAUGAGAUGUUAGCUCGGAAUGUGAUUAGCUGGACGGCUGUUAUUUCGGGUUUAGUGCAGAACAAGUUGUAUGAGGAUAGUCUGAAAAUGUUCAUGGAGAUGCGCAGAACACCAGUAGCACCAAAUUCUUUCACGUAUUUAAGCUCAUUAAUGGCGUGCUCUGGCUUGGAAGCCUUAUGGGAAGGACGUCAAAUUCAUUCUCUUGUGUGGAAAGUCGGGGUUGGUUAUGAUUUGUGCAUGGAGAGUGCGCUUAUGGACAUGUACUCAAAAUGCGGGAGUAUUAAAGAUGCAUGGCAGAUUUUUGAAUCUGCGGAAGAAUUUGAUGAGGUUUCCAUCACCGUAAUGCUUGUUGGUCUUGCACAGAAUGGUUUAGAGGAAGAAGCUUUACAUUUUUUCAUGACGAUGAUCAGAGCAGGAGUUGAGAUAGACAUGAACAUGGUUUCAGCAAUCCUUGGGGUUUUUAGUGUGGAUACUUCUCUAGGUUUUGGCAAGCAGCUCCAUGGUUUAAUUAUAAAGAAAAGCUUCAGUUCCAAUCCCUAUGUCAGCAAUGGAGUGAUCAACGUAUACUCAAAAUGUGGAGAUUUGGAGGAUUCAAUCAAGGUUUUCAGUAGAAUGUCUAAUAGAAACACAGUUUCAUGGAAUUCAAUGAUAGCUGCCUUUGCCCGUCAUGGAGAUGGCUUGAAAGCACUGCAGUUGUAUGAAGAGAUGAUAAUGGAAGGCGCAAAACCUACAGACGUCACAUUUCUCUCAUUACUCCAUGCUUGUAGCCAUGUGGGUUUGGUCGAAAAGGGCUUGGAAUUCUUGAAAUCCAUGACUGAAGUUCAUGGAUUUCAUCCCAGGCCGGAGCAUUAUGCUUGCAUUGUUGACAUGCUAGGACGAGCUGGCCUUCUCGAAGAAGCAAAAACUUUCAUCGAUAAAUCAGUUGGGAAUCCUAAUGCGCUUGUUUGGCAGGCGUUGCUUGGUGCUUGCAGCAUUCACGGUGAUCCUGAACUUGGCAAAUACGCGGCUGAGAAGCUGGUUUUGGCAGCUCCUGAGAGCGCGGCACCAUACAUAUCAAUGGCGAAUAUAUAUUCUACUAAAGGGAGAUGGAGAGAGCGAGCUAGGACAAUCAAGAGGAUGAAAGAAAUGGGGGUGGGUAAAGAAACUGGCAUGAGUUGGAUUGAGAUUGAAAAGAAAGUUCACAGCUUUGUUGUUGAGGACAGAAUGCAUCCACAAGGAGAGAUUAUGUAUGAGGUUUUGGCAGCAUUGUUUCCUAUUAUGGUAGAUGAAGGAUAUGUGCCUGAUAAAAGGUUUCUUCUUUCUUACUUGGAUGAAGAUGAGGAGGGUGGCACAGUCACUAAACAACACGGCAACACUUUAUUCUUCUCUAAUUCAAGGCUCACCUCCGGUUCUCAGUUUUCGGUGAAUUGCAGAGGAAGAACCGGAGAUGAUCCUCUCCUCAGUUCCUCACCUUACGCCAUCCUCGGUGUCGAGCCAGGCUGCUCGGCCGCCGAACUGAAAGCUGCCUUUCGCGCCAAAGUAAAGCAGUAUCAUCCUGAUGUGAACAGAGGCGGAGGAGAUUUUGAUUUUAUGAUUCGUCGUGUAAUUCAGGCUUACGAGAUGCUAACAAACUGCAGCCGAUCAGAGAUCAUUGAGAGUGAAUGUUUGGAUCCUUUCGACAAACCGGAAUGUGAGCAUUGAUCUGUCAUCAAUGAGGUCGUUUGUGUUGGCAAAGGAUGCCCAUAUUCAUGCGUUGAAAGAGCUCCUCAUGCCUUUUCUUACGUUCCUUCAACCGUAACAGCUCGUGCAACUUCUCAAGGAUACGGUGAAGAUUAUCAAGUUCAGCUUGCAGUUGGUCAAUGCCCCAGAAAUUGUAUUCAUUAUGUUACACCUUCGCAGAGGAUUAUUCUCGAAGAGUUACUUGAUAGUAUCCUGAACAGACCUUAUGAUACUUCAUCCGAGGCAGACUUACUUUAUUCUCUCAUUGUCAAAGCUAAGUUUGAGAAUAAUCGGUAUCAGAAACCAAAGAAGCAACCCAAAUCUUCAACUAAACACGUUGAUUUCUUCUGAUGUGAAAAUUUUUCUGCCAUUAUGCUGGUUAGAGCCUUUGGUUUUGAACACAAAGGUCUUGAUCUUUCUGUUCAUACUUAAAACGUUUUGACUGAGGGAGAUCAUACCAGAAGUAUUCCUUGUAUUUUCUUAAUGUAAUUAUUAUUUGUUAUAUAGAAUGUUCAGGAAUUAUUAACAGAAAUCAUAUCCUCUGAUUCUCUUAUUUUGCAAA